CAGAAUAAAGUACUGCGGAGGGAUUUCUAUGGCACUGUGAGACGUCGAUUGCGGCGACCGGCGGAGACUGAGAGGGGCUGAGGGGACUGUGCUCUGUCCAGAGCCUCGCAUUAGGCCCCGGCUUCGGGUGCCCUUGUUGUCUGCAGGCAUUUAGUAAAUAUGUGUGGAGUUGAACUGGUACCUGGGCCAUGAUGAAUCUGAUAAAUAACUUUUAUCAAGCAUAGUGGCCAGGAUAUAAAGACACUCAAAUGCCUGAAGAAUGAAAGAGGAGAUGGAAAGCUUGAUGACUAGUGCUACCCUACCACCCCUUUUUGCAGAUGAAGAUGGCUCUAAGGAGAGUAAUGAUCUGGCUACCACUGGAUUAACACACCCAGAGAUUCCCUAUAGCAGUGGAGCCCCGUCAUCCACCAACAACCCUGAGUUUGUGGAGAAUCUCUCUCAAGGCCAGCUGCUUCAGAAUGAGUCUUCAAAUGCUGCAGAAGGCAGCGAGCAGCGGCAUGAAGAUGAGCAAAGAAGUAAACGAGGAGGUUGGUCCAAAGGGAGAAAGAGGAAGAAACCUCUUCGAGACAGCAAUGCCCCUAAAUCCCCUCUUACAGGAUAUGUUCGGUUCAUGAACGAGCGUCGAGAACAGCUUCGAGCAAAGAGACCAGAAGUCCCAUUUCCAGAAAUCACAAGGAUGUUAGGCAAUGAGUGGAGUAAACUGCCUCCUGAGGAAAAGCAGCGUUACCUUGAUGAAGCAGACAGGGAUAAGGAGCGUUACAUGAAGGAACUGGAGCAGUAUCAGAAGACUGAGGCCUACAAGGUCUUUAGUAGGAAAACCCAGGACCGGCAGAAAGGCAAAUCUCAUCGGCAAGAUACAUCCCGACAGGCGACCCAUGAUCAUGAGAAAGAAACAGAAGUCAAGGAACGGUCAGUGUUUGACAUCCCUAUAUUUACAGAGGAGUUCCUGAACCACAGCAAAGCACGAGAGGCUGAGCUGCGCCAGCUCAGAAAGUCCAACAUGGAGUUCGAGGAAAGGAACGCGGCCCUGCAGAAGCAUGUGGAGAGCAUGCGCACAGCUGUGGAGAAGCUGGAGGUGGACGUGAUCCAGGAGCGCAGCCGCAACACUGUCCUGCAGCAGCACCUGGAGACCCUGCGGCAGGUGCUGACCAGCAGUUUUGCCAGCAUGCCCUUGCCUGGAAGUGGAGAGACACCAACAGUGGACACCAUUGACUCCUAUAUGAAUAGACUGCACAGUAUUAUUUUAGCGAAUCCCCAAGACAAUGAAAACUUCAUAGCUACAGUACGGGAAGUUGUGAGCAGGCUCGAUCGCUAGGGAACGGUCUUACAGCUCCCAGAUGUCCCAUGUUUUUACUUGUGUGGAAAGAGAAGCCAUCUGUGGAAAUUGGAACUGUGUGGGGUCCCAGAAGGACCACAGACCCUUCUGCUUGUGAAGAGUUGUCAGUGAGUGCAGCCCUUGUGCCCCAGGUAGCCAGAUUAAGGAGCACAGAGGCACGUGUGUGAGAACUCCCUACGGAUCAUCCUCGGCGAGCUUUGAAAGUGUACAGCCGCUCUCCCAAAUCUUCGUUUCCUGUCAUCUCCAUCUUUGUUAAAGCAGAUCUGCAUAUAUUUUGUUGACUGGGUGACCCUGAAACCACUGCAGCAGAAGGAAGACUUCAGUUGUCUCAGUUCAAGAUUGGACCCUUUUAUCACUGGAGCUCCAGUUUUCUCACCUAGCUGUCACUUUUUUUUAAUGCCUUUGGAGUGAUUUUUGCUUCCCUUCACCCCCACCAAGUUAUACAUCUCUAUUUUCUGACUUCUGGGCUCUUGCUCAGCGGGGCUCUGAAGGAGCAUUUCUCUCAUUGGACCGGCCCAAUCUUCUCCCAUCAUUGCCCUGCUGUGACUGCAAAGAGAGGAGCUUCUUGUUGACAGUGCCCUGUGGAUCUGAGGCUGUGUCCCCCACCCCACACUGUGCUCAGUGGGUGCAGGCCCUCCUCUUGGGCAGUUUUCUGAUUACUGCCCUGAAGAGAAAGGCACCUUCUUCCUCCCUGUGCUGCCCGCUGUUUUCUGAGCAGUGCUCCUGCAUAGACAUGGCAACCCCACCCCAGUGAGACUCUUCUGUCCCCAUCUGCAUCUUAUGGAGCAUUUUGCUGAGAAAAAGGUCUUGAUAAACAUAGGGAGAAGGGGGAAAAGGUCUCUCUUUUUUUUUUUUUAAGCCCAGAAUUUAUCCUAAGUGAAACCUAAGAUAAUCCGUCUCAUUUAGUUGUGAGAUUCAUGGACUUAGGUGGAAAUAGUGUUGGAAAUAGUCUCUUGAGCUGGCUGAAAGGGCACAGAGGAAUUUUCCUGUUCUUUAUCUUUCUGUAGCCAUUAACUGCUGAAUAUGUGCAAAAGACAGGCUUCUUUCCUUCCCUCUCCUUAGUAAGAGAUUUUUGUUUUUUAACAGCAAGAGUGAAGAGGGUUCUGAUUAUCUCCUCAGGGUCUUUUUAUCUUUUGUCUUUACACUCUAGAGCACAAGGCUGAAGGUGACAGCUGAGAUCUUUGGAACCAAAGCAGAGCAUGCUGGGCCCAUGGCCUUGGCACCCCACCACUGAAGGCAGGUGGAUGGCAGCAUGGCCCCUCACAGUUUGCCCCAAAGCCCCAGUGUGAACCAGAAACCCUAUCUUAUAACUGCACCAUUUCCUCUCAACACUGUAUUCCUUGCCUGCGUUUGUCAGUCCCAAGGAAAUUAAGAGCAACAAGUCAUUCUUUGUGAUGUCUAGUGUUAAUGCAUAUGCAGUUUCUGUGCCCUGAAGCCCACCUGCCACCACUUGGCAAUAUUUUUUAGUAAGACCCCCUUCCUUCACUCUCUGUUGCUAUAAAGCCAGCAGCUCUCCUCCCUCUGUAUUUUUCCAUUUCCUUGCUCUUGUCUUACUGUUUUUGUCACUUCUCUUAGAUGCCUUGUCUGCUGAGUCCAAGCUAGAACUCACUGUCUAUGGCAGAAGGACAUCCAAGCUGGCUCUGGUGUUUGCCUUCUGCCAGAUGCUUUCUGUCCCCUCUUCCUUCCUCUCUAUAUUUCUCUGUUUCUGUUUUGUGCUCAGUUUUGUGCAGCAUCAGCAGCACUGCUUUUGUGGCCAGGAAAGGCUGUGACUCUAGCUGGACACCUCACAGUGACUGGACACAUGUGAGUGUGCAGGGACACAGAGCUUGGGGGCAGCCUGCAGCAUGGAGCCACACACACAGAAGCAGCUCCUCACCUGCCUCCCAGUGCUGUGGGGGGGACAGUGAGGUUGUGGGGAGAGGCCUGUGCCACCUCCUCUCUGCUGUCACGGCUGACACACCACCUUAUUCCUGUGUCCCAGGAGACCGGUAGACACUCCCGCACUGACGUGUUCUCUUAAGAAAUAAGCUGUUGUCUAUUCAGUGUUAAAGGCUCCCUUCUUUCUUUUUAUUAAAACACAAGGAACAGCUGAGGAAAGGGAGACGAGGUGUUCUAUUUCUGACAAAUUUUAGAAAAAAUAUUGUGUACAUGUGUUUGGAACUGUUGAAAUGCCAAGUUUUCUGUACAAGUGUUUUUGUAAUUAAACUUUUAGAUUUUCUUU